AUGCCUCCCAAGUCCGGCAAGAAGGUCGCUCCCGCCCCUUUCCCUCAGGGUAAGGCUGGCAAGAAGGCCGCCAAGAACCCUCUUCUCGAGAAGCGACCUCGCAACUUCGGCAUCGGCCAGGACAUCCAGCCCAAGCGAAAUGUCUCUCGCAUGGUCAAGUGGCCCGAGUAUGUCCGCCUCCAGCGACAGAAGAAGAUCCUUCAGAUGCGACUGAAGGUUCCCCCGGCUCUCGCUCAGUUCCAGCACGUCCUCGACCGCAACACUGCUGCUCAGGCCUUCAAGCUCCUCAACAAGUAUCGACCUGAGACCAAGGCCGAGAAGAAGGAGCGUCUCCUCCAGGAGGCUACCGCCGUCAAGGAGGGUAAGAAGAAGGAGGAUGUUUCCAAGAAGCCCUACACUGUCAAGUACGGUCUCAACCACGUUGUUGGCCUGAUUGAGAACAAGAAGGCUUCUCUCGUCCUCAUCCCCAACGACGUCGAGCCCAUUGAGCUCGUCGUCUUCCUUCCUUCUCUUUGCAAGAAGAUGGGUAUCCCUUACGCCAUUGUCAAGGGCAAGGCCCGUCUCGGAACGGUCGUCCACAAGAAGACCGCUGCCGUCCUCGCCAUCACCGAGGUCCGUUCCGAGGACAAGAACGAGCUCUCCAAGCUCAUCUCCGCUGUCAAGGACGGUUACCUUGAGAAGCACGACCAGGCCCGCCGACAAUGGGGUGGUGGUAUCAUGGGUCCCAAGGCUCAGAUGAAGAUCAUCAAGAAGCAAAAGGCUCUUGAGGCUGCUACCAAGAUCUAA